AUGUAUAAAGUGUGUUUCCUGAUUUCAGAGUGGGCCGGCUGCCAGAGGAUCAGCAUCUCCCCGGACACUCACCGCGUGCCGUACCACAUCUCGUUUGGAGCCAAGAACAGCAGCGCCACGAGGCACCGAGCCCCCCCGGAGCACCCCCCUGGUCCCACAAACCCCUCCGACCUGCAGGACUUCUUUAACCGCAUCUUUAAGGGCGCAGCGCCUCCUACUGACAUGUCUGCGAACGGCACCUUCUUCCCCACCGCCCCUCCUCCCCCCCCCACGGGCCCCGGAGCCACGGCCGGCCCCACCUUCCCCCCUCCUCCCCCGGGGAACCAGCGCCCCGAGGCAGCCGAGACGUGGGCGGAGCCUGGCAAAGCGACGCGGAGGAGGAAAAAAGUGCGCAAACCUUUCCAGAGGUGA